UUAUCUCCAGCUGGUGGUGAGCUGAGGCUGUUCCUCAACCUUCUGUUCUCUCAAAGGCAGGGCACAGCAUAAUUACAAUGUCUGACACUGAGGAGAUUGUGGAGGAGUAUGAAGAUGAGGAAGCAGAGGAGGCGCCUGACGUAGAGGAUAAUGAAAACGAGGCAGAGGAAGAAAAUGAGGUACAGGAAGAAGAAGAAGAAGAAGAAGAAGACUCCAAACCCAAACCAAAGCUGUAUGUUCCUGCCAUUAUCCCUCCGAAGCUCCCUGAUGGUGAGAAAGUGGACUUUGAUGACCUUCAUCGUAAACGUGUCGAGAAGGACUUCAAUGAGCUUCAGAGUCUCAUCGAGGCACACUUCACCAACAGGCAGAAAGAGGAAGACGAGCUGGUAGCCCUGAAGACCCGGAUUGAGCGGAGACGUGCAGAUCGUUCAGAGCAGCAGCGCAUUCGAACCGAGCAGGAUCGCGAAAGACAGGCUCGUUUGGCUGAGGAAAGGGCACGGCGUGAGGAAGAGGCAGCUAAACUCCGGGCUGAGGAGGAUGCCAAGAAAAAGAAGCUCCUUGCCAAUAAGGGCUAUGGAGGCUACCUGCAGAAGCUAGAACCGAAGAGGGGCAAGAAGCUGACAGAACGUGAGAAGAAGACAAAGAUACUCAUGGAGCGCCGCAAACCUCUCAACAUCGACCACCUUAACCAGGAGAAACUGGCUGAGAAGGCCAAAGAUCUCUGGCAGUGGCUGCAGCAGCUCCACGCUGAGAAGUUUGACCUGAGUGAGAAGCUGAAGAGGCAGAAGUAUGACAUCAAUGUGCUGCGCAACCGCGUCAAUGACCAUCAGAGGUACAGCAAGACAACCAAAACCACCAGGAAGUCCUGGAAGUAGAUAAUUUGGAUUAGGCAAUGUGAUGAUGUGGUGAACUUUUUUGAUUUAACUUUUAUAUUUACAGUAAAUUCUUUUGCUUAGAAAGAUCAGCCAACACCGUGAUUAUUGCUAAUACAAACACAUGACUGAUAGAAACCACUGUGUUAAUGAUUACAGCUCUAAUACUAAUAGUCUCCCUGCUUUAUGCGGUAUUACUAUACUGUAGUUUGCAUUUUCUGUGAAGUAUGAAGGGAAAAGAAGUAAGAUUAUUCACUAUUUUAAAAAGUGUCUCCAAAAAAUAUAAGCAAAAAAAGAAGACAGCGCAAUAAAACAUAAGGCAGAUUUCAACAGGAAAAUAAAAAAGGAUGCAAACUUUGUCCACACAUUUAUCAAGAAGAUUGGGCAAAGAUUUGAUGAACUGCCAUGACAAGUUUACCAGAUAUUUCUAGAAGGAUGUGUGGGUGGGCGGGCAAAAAAGGUCUAAAGGGAAUUAAUGAGGUUAGAGACAGUUAUAAAGUGUUAUAAAGUCAGAUGAGUUGUUGUAGAAUAUUAAAAUCCUGCAAAUACUGCAAAGUUGAUAAAAAUUGUUAAAACAAAUAUAAUGAAUAUGAAUAUUAUAAUAGCGUGUUUUGUUUUCUAUACUUGAAAAUGUAAAGGAAGAAUGUAAUAAGGAAGAAACAUCUGUGAAACCUAACACACCAAAUGUCUUGUUGCUAUAAAUGACAUCUUUCUCUUUAUGUCUGUUUCAUUUUGUCCUAAUGGAAUACAACAUUUUGCACUCAACUGUUUCCUAUGCGGUGAACUUAUUUUGUCACAUUAAAGUUGCUAACUAUUGUAAGGUGCUAUUUUUAAGUGUUAUCCACUGAAGGUUUGCUUUAUCUGUGUGGUGGAGUGGAAGGCAUGCCUGCAUGGACACAGCGCUAUCUCAAACUCGACAGCACACCUCAAACUGAAUGUUAAAACAGACAAUCAAGGACCAUGUUUAAGAUUGUUUUUAGCAACAACUAAACAUUAAUAAAGCAUUUUAUUCACUUUUGAUUAAA